AUAUUUAUAUAGUCUAUCAUAACAAGCCGACUAGUCCUUCAAAAGGUAGAACGUGUCGAAAUAUUUUCUCUUGUCUUAGAUGAAAUUCAAUUUCACUUUAAACCUUCAGUUUGUUACUUUGUGAAAGCGAAGAUGGACGUGCACAUAGAUUACAUAGACUACGCGUUCGAAAGCAUACUCGGAAAGGGAACAUUUGGAAUUGUGUACUUGGUGAGAAGGAAGAAAGACUUAAAGCCAUUUGUUAUCAAAGUCCAAGAUUUAAAUGCAGUAAACCACUCGCCUUCUGAGAGGACACUAGGAGAAAUACGAUGCUUACAAAAAUUGAGACAUCCAAACAUAGUGUUUUAUUAUGGAGCAUGGAAAAUUAACAAUUACAGCUAUAUUCUUCUGGAAUAUGCAACUCGAUGUACUCUGAACGAUUUGCUAGAAAAACGAGAAAUACCACUUACGGAGGAGGACGCACUGUACCUGUUUUCGCAAGUUAUUUUAGGAGUACAUCACAUUCACUCAAACAAAAUUCUUCAUCGAGAUCUAAAACCAGAAAAUAUCAUGCUGACUGGUAGCCGCGGAGACAUUGUUAAGAUUGGUGACUUUGGUCUCUCAAAAAAUCUGCAAGAAGACACGAUAACUUGUCAUGCAGGAUCUUAUUAUUAUAUGGCUCCGGAAGUGCUGAGUUUACAGCCGUACGAACUUAAGUGUGAUAUAUGGAGCAUGGGCGUUAUACUGUAUGAAAUGGUUUCAAAGAGAUUUCCAUUCCCGGCCACGAAUCUAGCGGAAAUUACGAAAUUAGUGCACAAUAGCCCGCCGCAGCCUUUACCGCAGUGGAUGUCAGCGUCUAUUGUGAAUCUGAUAUCGAAGAUGCUAAGGAAGAACAGUUUGUGUCGACCCCGCACUGAUCAGCUCGUCCUUUGUCCCUUUCUUGUCCCUUACAUCAUUCGAGUGUAUCUGAAUCUUGGACGUGACAUUAAUCUCGCCGAACGAGAACGUGAGAAUUUUGGGCCGCAUAUUUUCUUAAAAUUUCUGAAUCCGCCAAAAAAAAUUUGAUCGACAUGACAUUUUAAUGAAUCUUUUAUGAAAAGAGGAAUCGGUAAAUGAUAUUGUUGCAUACAGGAAUUCGCUUUAUAAAAUGAAAACGCGUUUCAAAUAAUUUUAGGAAAGUGUUAACUAGGACUUAACGCAAAAGCGAUCUUUGUUGCAUGUCAAUUGAAUCUCGCAUAGCUUAAACAUUUUUUUAAAUUUAUAUAUGAAAUUAUCUUUUUUUAAAACAUGAGAUAAUAAGUUUACAUUAUAUAUAUGAUUGUUAAUAUUUUUUGUAAUUUUUUAUGCAGUGACAUUUCCAAAAGUUUUUGAGUUAUGCAGGAACAUGAAGAUAUAUUUUUUUUUAUUUAGAUGACAUAUUAUUGUAUAAUCUCUUUUCUAAUGACCCUUUAUAGGACUUUUAUAGAUAAAGCGCGAUUGAGUUUAAAGUAACUUCUCAUGUCUUGCAAUGUAUAACGUAUUCACGAUGCGCAAGCUCUUUGUUGUAUAGAAAUAUUAACUUAAUGAUGCUCUGUAUUAAUUUUAAUUGUCGGGAGAAAAUUAAAUAAUGAACGAUGAACGUACUGAUCA